CCUGGUUCCAGCAGAUCCUCGACAGUCAAAAAGUUUUCACCUACAGCGCUCAAAGGACCUGGAGCCGGCUGAUCUCAGAGCCACAGUCUGCAAGGUAACGCGGCUUCACUUUAUCGACACUGUUGCUGUGCAAUCCACUGCUGUUGUGAAUAAUGGUCUUUCACGAGAGCAAAAUGUGCCAGAUUCCUUGAAGACGAACUGAAGGCCUUGGAUGAUACCUGAUCUUCAUUGAUUUCAGACGCACACCUGGGGCCAUGGCUGAUGUUGUAAGGGCAGAAGUAACACUAGUAAGGAUUACACUUCUCUUUAUCUGCCUGAGUGUGUGCUUGUGCCAGCGUGACUGCACAGGUGUGGACUGUCCCCAGCUGGAAAAUUGCAUCGAGGAAGUGCUGGAGAGCGGUGCUUGUUGUGCUUCAUGCCUGCAAAAAGGAUGCACGUGUGAAGGGUAUCAGUAUUAUGAUUGCCUCAAUGCUGGAUUCAAAAAUGGUAAGGUCCCAGAGAGUGACUCUUACUUUGUUGACUACGGCAGCACAGAGUGUUCCUGUCCUGCAGGAGGGGGACGGAUCAGCUGCCACUUCAUCAGCUGUCCUGAUCUUCCACCAAACUGCAUCGAGGUUUCAGAGCCUGCAGAUGGCUGCAUGCAGUGUGAACGUGUUGGAUGCAUCCACGAUGGCCAGAAGUAUGAAGCUGGUCACUCCUUUCACAUUGAUUCCUGUCAGGUCUGCCACUGUCCAACUGAAGGGGGGAAACUAAUGUGUUACCCAGUGCCAGACUGUGACCCACAACAGGUCAAAAAACCAGUGCUGGCUGCACCCAGAGAGGGGGAGAAUAUUAACAGGCACAAUGGUUACCCCUACAGUUUGGACCAACAAGGGAGCGUGGAUCAAAUCUCCACUCCCCUUCAACUCCCUAUGAAUGGGACUCUACCUCUCUUUAAAGAGAUACCAUUGUAUAAAGAGGAGCCAGAGGAUUAUGAUUACGGUCCUAUUGACACUCCAGAGAAUUACCUAAAAUCUCUGGUCUUCUCAACCCAGCCCCCCUCCUCCAACAAGGUCUUCUCUGUGUCCCGAGGCUCUGACAGACCUGACAGAACGGCGGCCCUGCAGGGCUUUGACAGACAAAACAAGCUGGCGCUGAGAGGGAGAUUAGGAGUUCAUGACCAUCUUGAGGACAGAGAACUAGUGACAGAAAGUCCUCUGGGAGAAGAGCAGAGUACUGUCAGACCUCAUAUUCACAUGGGCGCAACAACCUCUUGGCAGCCAGCACAGGGUGUAGAGAGUGUGCAAAGUAAAACAUUCAGUGAUCUAACUGCUCAGACUGAUAAGGGUAAUCCAUUGCAUGGACUACAAAGUUCAGACAGUAUCAUAUUUCGACUAAACCAAGGAUUAGGAAGUGAAAAACACCCAGAUUAUCUACAUAUGAAUCCAGAGAGAACAGUGCAUCAUCACCGAAACACUGACACAAAGACACAUCACAGUAAAGUAUCAGAUGGGGUGACAGCCAGUGGUUCAAAGAACCAGAUCAAUGUUGGUCCUCUUGUGAGAGGAACACCAAGUCAAACCAAUCGGCAGAGACAGUCAGAUAGAGACAAUUUUCCACUUUACAUGCUAAAACACCCAGACAGCUCAAUCCAUCCUCAAGCAGGUUCAAACAGUCAAAAAGAUUCACAGAAGACAGUCACACUGGGCAGUGAGGAAGGGGCACAUGAAAAACAUUUUGAAGAGGAGGAAGAAGAAGUAACAUUUCAUAGUGUCACUGGGCCUGGAGGAAAAGAUUUGCUGUACAGUUUAAAGCCAACACAACAGGAAAGACCCAACGAGGAGCCAGAGAGCAACAACCCAACCAGCAGCUAUGAAAAGACAACACCUGAGCUCAGCACCAGCUCUCCCGGGAGGACUGAGUACUUGACAACUCCCAUGGUCCAAUUCAUUACCACCACAACCCAGAGACCACAAAGGUUCACCCUGGAUGAGCAUGAGCCCAGCAGAAAGCCAGGCCAGAGGAUGUUUAACCUUCACAGUGUGGAUCAGGGAAAGGUGACAGAGAACGAUGAAGAGAGGAAAGAUCGGCCAUCUGUGCUCAUCAAACCUGAUCGAGGUCCAGGUGUCUCUGCUGAAGACCUGCUGCAGAGCUGCUGUGCUGCUGGUCAGAAAUGGGCUUCAGAAAAUCAACACUGCAACAACAUACCAACUGUGAGCAAUGACAAGCACUCUCUGUGCAGUGUUGCAGAGAAGCAGUGCUGCCUGAGCUCUGUGAGAGAGAGCCAGUGUGAAUCAGGUAUGAUGUCAGCCAGAGGAGGAGACACAUGUGAAGUGAACAAGGAGGACCAAUGCACAGACGACUCCUACCAGGUGUGCUGCAGCUGCUGUGCCCUCGGCUUACGGCUCCGCAGCGAAGGGAGGGGUUGCGAUGCCCAUCAGUACCUGGGCUACCCGUGUGGUCAUGUCUUCCUCACCUGCUGCGAGGAAGGGGAAAGUCCAGGCCAGAUCCAGCUGAGGAGAAAGCAGAUGCCCAGACCUACUACUACGCCCAGAAAAGUCACAGACAGCAAGUUCCCCAAGGAGGCCUUCUCCAUCAGUGCCACGGAAGAAGCUGCCAACACGGUGGAUGAGCAGGAGGACGUGGAUGAGUGUCGGCUCUAUGCGGGGCAGCUGUGCCAGCACACAUGCACCAACAUCUGGGGCUCUUACCAGUGCGGCUGUCAUCAGGGCUACAUCCUGCAGCAGGACGGACACUCCUGUGCACCAGUUAGUCCUGAUGAGGACAACAGAGUCAGAGAAGAGCCUGUUGUGGUCCCAACACAGACUACUACCACCAGCACAACAACCACAACCACCACCAGCCCACCACCAGCCCGCUUCAAUCCAUGUGCAGAAAAUAGUCCGUGCAGUCAGCAGUGUACGGCAGUGGCAGGCCGACCUCGCUGCUCCUGCUUCCCAGGCUAUUCUCUGAUGAUGGACGGACACACGUGUGAAGAUGUGGACGAGUGUGCAACUAACACCCACAGUUGUCGCCCCAGUGAACGAUGUGUGAACACAGUUGGAUCAUUUGUAUGCGAGCUGCAGGUCAACUGUCCUGCAGGAUACCAGCUGAGGAACAGUGUUUGUGAAGACAUUGAUGAAUGCGUCCUGCGCACCCAUAACUGUGGAAUGGGCUUUGUGUGUAAAAACACUAUGGGCUCUUUCCUGUGUAAUCCUAAACAGAAGUGCAUGAGCGGCUUCACCCAGGACUCACAUGGAAACUGUAUCGAUAUAAAUGAGUGCAGCAGCCUAAGUGAGCCGUGCGGCUCAGGCUCUAACUGUGUCAACACAGUGGGCUCCUACACCUGCCAGAAGAAGAUCAUAAUGUGCAGUCGCGGCUACCACGCCAGCCCUGAUGGAGCCAAGUGUGUUGACAUUGAUGAGUGUCAGAUGGGGACGCACCGCUGUGGAGUGGGCCAGAUCUGUCACAACCUGCCUGGCAGCUACCGCUGUGACUGUCAGACGGGCUACCAAUAUGACGCACUCCUCAAGGCCUGCAACGAUGUAAAUGAGUGCUGGCGUUAUCCUGGCAGGCUGUGUGCCCAGACCUGUGAAAACACCCCAGGCUCCUACCACUGCUCAUGCACAGUUGGAUUCUCCCUGGCGUUUGAUGGCAAGAACUGUGAAGAUGUCAACGAAUGUGAGAAAAACCCUUGCAGCCAGGAGUGUGCCAACAUCUACGGCUCAUAUCAGUGCUACUGUCGCCAAGGCUACUACCUGAAAGAGGACGGUCACACCUGUGAAGAUAUUGAUGAGUGCUCUCAGAGCAUCGGGAACCUCUGUGCCUUCCAGUGUGUGAAUGUUCCUGGCAGUUACAAGUGUGCCUGUCCUUCUCAUGGGUACACCAUGUCUGCUAAUGGACACACCUGCAGAGAUAUUGACGAAUGCACAACUGGCACCCACACAUGUUCAUUCACACAGACCUGCUAUAACCUGCAGGGAGGCUUCAGAUGUCUCUCCCUUAACUGCCCCCCUAACUACAAGAAGGUUUCAGACACACGCUGUGAGCGGAUCAACUGUCCCCCCAACUCCUUGGAAUGUCAGAAGUCUCCAGUCCGCAUCACGUACUACCAGCUCAGCUUCCAGACCAACAUCAUCAUCCCUGCCCAGAUCUUCCGGAUCGGACCAUCCCCUGCCUACUCGGGCGAUCAUAUCACCAUCAGCAUUAUAAAGGGCAAUGAGGAGGGCUACUUCAGCACCAGGAAGCUGAACAGUUUCACUGGAGCUGUCUACCUGCAGAGACAAGUCCACCAGCCCAAAGACUUCCUGAUCGAUGUGGAGAUGAAGCUGCUGAGGCAGGGCUCGGUCACGUCAUUCCUUGCCAAGAUUUAUGUCUUCAUCACAUCCAGUACCAUGUAACACCGAGAAAAACGCACAAGCAGAAAUGGACUGGAAAUUUCAAAUGGUGCUAAUUUUUAUAUGUGCAGACUCUUUUGAUGACUCCACACAAUCAAGCAUUGUUGAAGAUUCUGGAAAAAAUUGCCAAAGAGCUUUUUGUUUUUUUGUCUUUGUUCAACACAAUCAUAUCUCCUAAGAUACUUUGUAUUUGUAUUUACUGAAGUAUUUCAUUUUGACUCUUCAUUACACAUUAUAGCAUCAAGAUUUUGGUUCAUACAGACAGGAACAGGGUGCUCCCAGGUUACUACAGGUCUAGGUCACAGAUCUGGUCCCUUUAAUCUGAUUUCAACUUCAUUAGACUUUUAUUUUUCUUUAAAAAUCUAAAAACUUUAACUGCUGCAAGAAAUAUGGAAAAAAUGUAUUUAAAGCCUAUAUAUUAAAAUGGUAUUCAGGCCACAAACAACAAAAAAAUCUGGGAUGAUGAAAUUAAAGUGGUAAUAUUAAGAGAAUAAGGACGUGCUAUUAUUAGAAUAAAGUUUUAGAAAAUGAAAUUGACAUCUCAAUAUUUAAAAUUUAAGAGAGUUAAGAUUUUCUGUCUUGACAUUCAAAUUGUAAGAGUACAAUGUUUAUAUGCUUUUUACCGUACUCAAGCUAUCAUGACUUCUGUUAUUUUGAAAAGUAUUUUAAACAGCAGUGAUUUUCAUGGGCAGUUGGCAAAUAUCUUUUAUAAAGAUGGUUUAUUGUGCAUGUCCAUUGUUAAAACACCAAAUUGUCAUUUUUGCUCCAAUUAUUCAUAUCUUUGGCAUUUUUAUUCUUAUAACAUGAAAAACAUGAAUGUCUUUGAAACAGUUAUGAUUCUUGUAGAAAAUGUUUACUGUUUUCACAUUAAUUUCACCAAAGAUAUAAAGAUACUAAAGAUAGCAGAGUGGCUAUAACUUCACCAGAUGCUACAGUCUCCCCAUGUUAGCGCAGGAGGUUGGCUGUUUUUGUGUGAUAUACCUUUUAAAAGUAAAACAUCUCAUAAUUGAUUAAAAAAACAACUUUAUUCUUAAAAAAUGUACGUCUUUAAUUCCAUAAAAUUACAACUUUAGUCUCAUAUAGUGUAUUUUCAGCAUUCUCGUAAGUCUUGAAAUCUAAGAUUUGUUUUUCUUUAACUUAGCUCUUGUUCACUGUCGUAUUUAAGCAGUUCUAAUGUGGUGCAGAAAUACAGGAAAGGAUGUUUUAGAAUGUUAUUUUACUUCCCACUCGUUUGUUUUUCAUUAUAACAAAGUUGGUUGAUGUCCUAGGUUUACUGUUUAAUUUAAUUGACUUUAACAGGUUGAAUAAACAUAUCUUUUUU